ACCAUGGCGGAAUGUAGGAGACACCACAGAAGUGGUGAAAAGGGCUCAGCAAUAAAAAGAGAAGCAAAACCAAGACAAAAUUUAAAAUUUACCGGAGUUAACUGGAUUUACAAAUAGGCUUAAACCGACAAAGCGACAGGUGCGAGUCCUGCGACUGGCUGAAAUUAGUACACAGCUCUUGUGCGGCUAAUGCUAAUGUUAGCAUGGUGCUUCACUUGGCGGUCAUUAGCUAAGAAGACGUUAAGCAACUGUGACGAGGACCAGAUAGUGAUGCUACCAGGGUCAGACACUAAUUCAGAAACAACUUAAAAAAAGUACAUCCACAGUAGUGUCACCUGCUGGUUAAGACACAGGACAAUGAAACUGGAGAGACCGAAGAUGACAGUGAUUGUACCCUAGCAAGACACAGGUGCAAUGAUCCGUACAGCACUGACCCAGCUAAACAGGGGAUCUCAUUGACGGCGCUGUUUGUAGCUACUGGGUCAAAGUAGAUCUGGAGACUCGUCAAAACACCUGCUGACCCACCUGCCUUGACACUGAGACCCAACUGUCACCAUGGAGGCCAUCAAGAAGAAGAUGCAGAUGCUGAAGUUGGACAAGGAGAAUGCCCUCGACAGGGCAGAACAGGCCGAGUCCGACAAAAAGUCAGCAGAGGAUAAAUGCAAGCAGUUGGAGGAUGAGCUUGUUGCUCUGCAGAAGAAAAUGAAGGCAACAGAGGAUGAGCUAGACAAGUACUCAGAGGCCCUGAAGGAAGCUCAGGAGAAACUGGAACUGUCGGAGAAGAAGGCUACAGAUGCUGAGGGCGAAGUGGCAUCUCUGAACCGCAGGAUCCAGCUGGUGGAGGAGGAGUUGGACCGUGCCCAGGAGAGACUGUCCACAGCCCUGCAGAAAUUAGAGGAGACUGAGAAGGCUGUGGACGAGAGUGAAAGAGGCAUGAAGGUGAUUGAGAACAGAGCCAUGAAAGAUGAGGAGAAGAUGGAGAUUCAGGAGAUCCAGCUAAAAGAAGCCAAGCACAUCGCUGAGGACUCUGACCGUAAAUAUGAUGAGGUUGCCCGUAAACUGGUAAUCAUUGAGGGUGAGCUGGAGAGAGCAGAGGAGAGGGCAGAAAUUUCAGAACUUAAAUGUGCUGACCUGGAAGAGGAGCUAAAGAAUGUUACCAACAACCUCAAGUCUUUAGAGGCUCAGUCUGAUAAGUACUCUGCGAAGGAAGACAAAUAUGAGGAGGAGAUUAAAGUCCUUACUGACAGACUCAAGGAGGCGGAAACUCGUGCAGAAUUUGCAGAGAGGACAGUGGCUAAGCUGGAAAAGACCAUAGAUGACUUGGAAGAGAGCCUAUCACACGCAAAAGAGGAAAACAUAGAAAUGCACCAAGUCCUGGACCAAACACUGCAGGAGCUCAGUAGCUUAUAAAGUGCCAAGAAGAACAUCAAACAAUAAAAAUUAUUUUGUAAAACUUAUUUUCUACAAGACACCCAUUCUCUGUGAUUUCACUCUUGUUUGUAGUUGUUAAAACACAUGUACCCAUUUCAUAUAUUUAUGGUUGUUUUGUUUCUUUUCCUUUUUUCAAAAUGGUUUUGGUUCCAUGGUGAUUUUAGUUUCUGUGCUUAAAAUUGUGACAAAUAUCAAACUCUGAGCACAAAUAAAACUGAUGAUAAAAGUGA